AUGUCAAUCCAAGCAGCCUGGGAGGCAUGCGAUAAGACAGACACCCUCUUCAUCCUCGUCUGUUCUGUCUUCUGCUGGCUCAUCAUCCCCGCCGUCGGCCUCGCCUACUCCGGCUACUCAACCCGCUUCAACAGCCUCGCCUCGUUCUACCCCGGCCUCCUCGCCGUCGCCGUAUGCUCGCUACAAUGGUGGAUGAUCGGCUACUCCCUAGCCUACAGCGAUGGCAACGCCUUCAUCGGCGACCUCUCAAAGGCAUUCCACCGCAACGUCCUGGCAACCCCCAUCGGCACAAUCCCCGAAAUCCUCUUCUCCGAAUUCCAGCUCAUCUUCUGCGCAACCGUCUGCGCCAUCGCCAUCGGCGGCGCCUGCGAGCGCGGCCGCCUCCUCCCCCUCAUCCCAUUCAUCUUCCUCUGGAGCACCUUCAUCUACGCACCCCUCGCACACAUGGUGUGGUCGGAAAACGGAUUCCUGGCCCGCCUCGGCGCCCUCGACUUCGCCGGCGGCACACCCGUGCACAUCUGCAGCGGCGCCACAGCCACCGCAAUGAGUCUGUACCUCUCCUACCCGCUCUUCCGAUCGCGUCGGUCCCCAAAGCGCACGCCGCAGCAUCUCCGCCUGCACAAGCCGCACAAUACCCUGUGUCAGCUGCUCGCGCUCAUCAUAAUCUGGAACGCGUGGCUGGCCUUCGACGCGGGGACAACGCUGCAACUGAACUUCAAGAGCGUCAUGGCCGCGUGCGUGACGAAUCUGUGCGCCGCCUCGGGCGCGCUGGCGUGGGCGGGCUUGACGUACGCGGAAUCAGGAAAGUUCAGUCUGGAUAGUACGUUCCUCGGCGCGAUCGCGGGGCUCGUCCUCAUUACGCCGAGCGCCGGGUUCAUCGACCUCAAUACGUCCGUUGCGUUUGGGGUUGUCGGCGCUCUUGCGGGUCGACAGGCGCUGCGGAUUAAGUUUACGAAGGGCGCGGCGCUGCGGCGGUGGGUUGAUAACGGGGAUACGUUUGCGACGCACUGUCUGGGUGGCUUUUUGGGCACGGUUGCGACGGGCUUGUUUGCGCGCCGCGAGGUCGCGGCUUAUGAUGGGGUUACUGUUAUCGAGGGGGGCUGUGUCUUUGAUGGGAAUUGGGCCCAGUUGGGGGUUCAGGUUGUUGAGGCGCUCGUUGGGUUUGUCUGGAGCUUUUGUGGGAGUUAUGUGCUUUAUGCGCUUGUGGAUUGUGUGCCUGGGUUGGAGGUUUUGGCUACGGAUGAGGAUAUUAUUGCCGGGAUGGAUGAAUCGCAGAUGGGCGAGUCGCUGCACGAGGCGCAGUGGGCUGGCGAAGAGGAUUACCACCCUUUUCACUCGGGUAUCCAACUUUAA